AUGGCGACCAAACAAGCCCGAUCACCAGUCCACUACAUCCCCGACGAUGAGAUCUCAAAGGAGGUCGAACAGCAGCUCCAAAUGCACCCUUUCACCCAAUCUAUCCGCUCAAAUAUAUCUUUCACUGAAAAGCGAUUCUACGAAAGCAUCCCAGAAGCUACUCGGACGCUCAUGCUCACUACCGGGAGCCUAUUAGGACCGGGAAAGAUCAUUGUGCCUCCACUUUCCUUUCGCGACAAGAAUGGCAAGACUCUCUUUCUAGUCUUCUAUCUCGGGGCUGCUGUAUGCGGUUAUCCUGGAGUUGUACAUGGCGGUCUAUUGGCUACGAUCCUAGAUGAAGGAUUGGCAAGCUGCUCUUUUCUCUUGUUUUCGGAUAGAAUCACAGUGACGGCUAAUCUGAAUGUCAAAUUCCGGAAGCCAGCCCCGACGGAUAAAUUUUAUGUACUGAAGGCAGACGUUCUGAAGGUGGAUGGAAGUAAAGCGUGGAUAGAAGGAAAAAUUGGAAUCCUUGGGCCCAAUGCAGGACAGAUUGGAAGCUUUGAUGACGGUGAAGUAGUUGCGGAAGCCAAAGGGAUUUAUCAAGCGCCAAUUACGCGAGGAAGGCUACGUGCAAUGAUUUAG